CUCCAUCUCUGCUCUCCUCUUGUUUCCUUCCAUCCGAACCCAAACUAACCCCCGUCGCCUCCUCUUCUGGUUUAUAGGGUUUCUUCCCGGCCCCGAUCGUCCAACGGGCUGAUGGAGACCGAUUCGUGGAGCCGCUUCCUUGCUUCCUCCAAGCGGCGUCAAUCGGCUCUGCAAUCGCGAUAUGAUGCGCGCUUUGGGUCGGAUGAGAUGGAAGGAGGGGAAGACGAGUCCCGGGCGGAGUUCGCUUGUCCGUUCUGCGGCGAGGAUUUCGAUAUUGUGGGGCUUUGCUUUCACAUCGACGACGAGCAUCCGGUCGAGGCUAACAAUGGGGUUUGCCCUGUUUGUGCAGCUAGAGUUGGGACAGAUAUGGUUGCUCACACAACAACUGAACAUGCGAGUAUUUUUAAGAUACAGCGCAGGAGGAGAUUACGCAAAGUUUCCUCAGGAUCACACUCUACUCAUUCUCUGCUAAGAAAAGAUUUACAUGAAGACAACCUUCAGUCACUUUUGGGGGGCUCUUUUGUUACCUCCAAUUCUGCACCCGAUCCAUUGUUGUCAUCAUUCAUUUUUAAUUUUCAUGCAGUAGAUACAUCAGAUGGACAACCUGAAACCUUGGCUGAAGAAACUUUUGCUGGCAAAGUUUCAGAUGAGAAAUUGGUGGAAAGCGCUGUGCCUGCUCCAUCUUACUCGGACAAAAACCUAGAGGAGAGUAUUCUGAGGAGUGAGUUUGUGAGGCAGCUAGUGCUCUCCACGAUAUUUGAUGACGACGCAUGAUGUUGAGCAACAGCCAUGGUGGCAUCAGCCUUCAGCUGCGUUUCAAGAUAAACAAUCUGGACAUCCUUAGGUGGUCGCAAAGCGUAUGUCAAAAUUGAACAAGGUACUGGAUGCAUGGAGUGAUACAUAGGGUGGGUGCUUCUACAAGGUUGUACAUGAGACUGGAGCAUGGAAUUGGGAGUGUAUUGUGGACCUUUUAAUAUCUUCCUUUUAGUGGGAUCCUUUGGAGAUUCUAAUAAAUUGUUGAAGUAUUUAUUGCUAUCUAUUUAAAAUAAAUAGUUUGAUGGGUUGAUGUA